AAUAUCCUAAAUUAACAUUCCACACUGAAACCCUAACGAUCGAUCGAUCGUGUUUGAGAAACCUGAUUCGUGUUCAUAUCGUUUGAUAAACCUAAUUCUGGUGUUGUCAGCACUGAAAUUCGUCACGAUGAAUGUGGAGGAAUUCGAGGGGAACGAAGAAUCAUUUGCUUUCGAAUGCGAGGAAAGAAAAUGGCGAUUCAAACAACGAAGAAUUCGGAACAGAAGAUUAUGUUGGAGGAUAGUCCAAUUAACUUCACAGAAUGUUCGUAACAAGGUUUCUUCCAUCGUUUACUCGGUAUUUAGAGACACAACUAAGCCUUUUAUAUGUUUUAAUAUGGAAAUAAUACACAUGUACAUCUUGAAAAGCAUGCUGUACAACAACCUGCUGCACGGAAAUAUGGGAAUUACAUGAGGCGCGCCUCAGAGCCUUUUUGCCAGGCUCUAAGUUUUGUAAGCAAAUGGUUAUGAUGCUCGAGGGAUUGACUAUAUGAUGCAAUGUGAGAGAACCACUUGCCUUGCAAUUGUGUUAAUGAGGUCAUCAAAGUCUGAUUGGGAUCAAGAUCAAAGGGCAUCCUUUCACAUUAAAAGAGAAGUUCAAUGAUAAUAUUCAAGUUGAUCUCUUACAAUCCGUUAUCUCUUAAAUCAUAUAGCGGCAUGUAUGAAGGUCCCAAAAGUCAAGGCGUGAGGCGUGCACAUCACAUACGCGAGGCGUUGCUCUAGGGUUUGUAUUUCAUCAGCCGCUUCUCACUCCCAUCGGUGCCACCGAUAGUCUCUCUCUUCUGCUGCUCCGUCAUCUGCAUCCAAGUUCCAUCAUUUGGGUAUUAUGGAUAUGGAUUUACAUUUACCUAAAGAGCAGAGUCAAAAGAAUGUGGUGAAAAAGUUAUCAGAGUCAAAAGGUGCUGCAGCCUCCCUACAUAAAAUUAAACACAAGAUAUUGAAAAGAUCGUCGGAGUCUACUUCCAGACAGAGAUCACACAAGACCUCAACUAAAAAGAGUGAUCCAAAAAUAACAUACAAGGAUCAACAGAAGAACCGAUCAGUACUCCAGGAAAGACUCUUACCUGAUCGAACUCCGCUAACUUAUAUAUCCAAAGGAGAGACACUGUUAAAAGGUUAUACAAGUGGGCGUGGGAUAUUGUGUGGUUGCUGCGACAAAGUGGUUAGCCCCACAACGUUUGAAGACCAUGCUGGCAGGGGCGAGAGUAAAAAACCAUAUCAGCAUAUCUUUCUCCCAACUGGAGUCUCGCUCCAUCAGUAUGCAUCUACCUUGAAGCUAAAUUGUCACAAAAGGGUAGAGAACAAUGAUCUCCUGUGUGUGGUUUGUCGGAAAAGUGGAGACUUACUGUUUUGUGAUGGAUGCCCUAGGUCUUUUCAUAAAGAAUGUAUGUCUGACACAAUCAUCACUUCCAAGAAACAGUUUUGCAAACAAUGCCAGUUAUCUAUUAAGCAUUUGGUACCGAAAGGCAAUACUGCGAAAGAUGGGAACGUUUCUGAAGCGGUCCCUAAUGAACAGAAUGCAAAACAGUGUGUUCAGAUUGAUAAUCCAUUUGAUCAAGUUGCGUGUGUAUUAUGCAGAUCAUGUGACUUUAGUGCAGAUGGGUUUAAUGAUCUAACGUCUAUCGUAUGUGACCAGUGUGAAAAGGAAUAUCAUAUCGGUUGCUUGAAAAGAGACAAGAAUAUUGUUCUGAAGGAAUUGCCAACUGGCGAUUGGUUCUGUUCCUCGGAUUGUCAUAGCCUUCAUCGUUUUAUUAAAUUGUUGGUAGAGUAUGGACCGUUGAAGGUUAGGGAUAGUGAUAUGCGGUUCGUUAAAAAGAACGUACAGGGCAGUGAUGUUGACGGUCUCAAAUACAUUGAUGCAAGGUGGUAUGUUUUUAGUGGCAAGGAUGCUUGUGAACGGGAUAAGUUGUUGCUUGAACAAGCUGUUGCUAUAUAUCAUGUGUGCUUCAACCCGAUCAUUGAUUCCCAUACACAAAAAGAUUUCAUCCCGGCAAUGGCUUACGGGAUGCAAAUGGGUUCGUCCAACUUCUCAGGAGUGUAUUCUGCAUUGUUAACAAUAAAUUCAAAAGUGAUUACAGCUGGCAUGUUUCGCGUAUUUGGGCGUGAAUUCGUAGAACUUCCAAUUGUUGCUACCAGCCAACCUUACCAAGGAAAGGGCUACUUCCAAGUUUUCCUCUCGUGUUUUGAAGAACUACUUUCACAUUUACGUGUUAAGAAGCUCGUGAUUCCGGCAGCUAGAGAUGCCAAAGGGAUGUGGAUGAAAAAAUUCGGUUUCAGAAGAGUACCCCCGAAAGAGCUAGCCAAAUAUAGGCAAACACAAACAUCGAUGGUGGCAUUUCAGGGAACAACCUUGCUACAAAGGGAUGUUCCACAAGGUAUCGUAACUAGUAUGGGAAGACGAUCCGUUAACUAGUCUCAACAUGGAGCAGCGUCUUGCUUGUUUUUUUUAUGACUUAAACUGGUUUUUCUAGGUAGAUGGUGACCUUUUUAGAGAUGUUUAAUGGGUAUGAUUGUUGGAAUAUUAGACCAUGUUUGCUAUAUUAUGGAUGUCUUAUCAAGAUUUGGAUCUUUUGGUUUGCAUUUUAA